AUGGUUGAAGGGGAUGAAGAGUCAAUAGAAGAUGUAACAGAACUGAUUCCCAUGAUAGGUGAUAGUUUGAUAAAAGCAUAUAGUGAUUUUGAAACUGCACUGAAUAAUGGAGUUAACAAUAGAUGUGAACGUUUAAUUCAUAUUGUACAAUGUAAGGAAAUGAAGAAUAUGAUGCAGGGAUUCCCUAAUCGCUUGGAAAAAAAUCUGGAAGCUACCAAAGGAGAGCUCAAUAACAACAAAUUGUCAUAUAAUAAAAUCAGAGAAGAAAUGGCUAAAGCAAAAGAGUAUGAAAAAGAUAUGAAUGCUCUAGUUGUAGAAUAUGAACGCAAAAAACAUGAUUUAGAGAGAAAGAUAUCAGAUUUGAACAAUAAGAAGAAGAAACUAGAAGAGAACAGGGACAAAAUUCUAAUCUACAAACUGGUCACAGGUAUACAUUUUUCUUAUGAAGGAAAUACAGUAAGUGGAUAUGUUGUUAAUGAAAACUCAAAGAAAGUAAAACCUUUCCAUUUCAAUCCUGAACAACUAUCUCAAAAAAGGAUAACAAAUGCAUUGUAUGAUAUUGUUAAGAAAGCAUCAGUUGAAGGACCAGAAGUUAUUGAAUAA